UUCUGAUCAUACAUGAGUCGGCGAGCAAGGAGUCUUGACCAAGUCUUGUAAAGUUCGGAGCAGAGACUGAUCAGAUGGUCACGGGAUGUGGUACCUGAGUCACCCUCUCCAUUUAGCUUUGGUUUCACGAUGUCAAUACUUCCAACUACCGAAGACCAGGUGUCACAGGGAGCAAAAGAAAACAUGGCCUCGAGUUUUAGUCAGCACAGCCGUUUUCUUUUCGUCCUACUACGACUAUUUCGCCCACAUGGUGAGGCAAGUCUUCGGAGCUGCAAUAUUCCGUAGGCUACAGGCGACUUACCUGCAAGGCUGCUAUAGGACUGCAGCUUUCCGCUUUCGGUGACAAAGCUUGGACUGUUCCUUUCGAAUAUUGUAUCGUGUGCCUCCAGGAUGGCAAAUCGGAGGUCAAAUAUUGUGAAGAAUCUUCAUAUUGCCCUUUGAGCCUCAAAGGUGUAGCUGAAGCGGCGCCCUAAAUACCAAAAGCCUGAGUCAACCA